CUAUAUGUGUUACUUGCAGGCAAUUUGCAGUGAACUUCAUAGCUUAGCACUUAAGCUUGUGAGUUCGGAGGAGUGCAUUACACAUACGAAGAGCUCUUGGUUGUUCAGAAAUCGAUCUUGCGCCAUGGAUGGCGACAUGAAACAUCUGAGGGUUAGGUUUUCUGGGUUGGGGCAUGAAGAUCGUGGUGGCGGCGAGACUAUACAAGUGCCAUAUCAGCAAAGCACAAGUUUUGGUCGAGGGCUAAUGAGUAAUGCGGAGGAAUACGAUGCAGCGUAUGCAGCCAUGGUGGCAGCAGUGGCGUAUGCUAUUGCUGCUCGAGAGGAGAGGCUAGCGUCUCAAGAGAAGCCUGUUGCGGAGAGGUUUGGAACCGAAGGAAAGCCUAUGGUGGAGAAGGUAGCGUCUGGAAAGAAGCAUGCUUCAAUCGGUGAGCCUCGGAUCAGACCGCAGUCCAAGUCACCACCCCAGAAAGCUGAAAGCCUUAAAAGGCCUAUUGAAGGCAACACAUCUUCAAAAUGGUUCAGCGGCAAAGAGCCCAUAGACGACGGUUAUGAUGAAGAACCAGGAGCUAAUGUGUCGGUAAGGAGGCCAUUAAGACCGGCACAUAAGAAGCCAGGUGUCAUUUCAUCAGAUGACAAGGUGGCGGAGAGGUUGUCAAAUGAUUCUGCCCCAAGCAUAAAGAAGGAACCUAGUUUCGCCCGAAAAGGACCAGAAAGGAAAGGAAGCUGGAAAUUUGAGCAAGAUCAAGGGAAUCAGAAGCUGCCGCCAGCGCCAGCACCCCCGGCCAAGCCAAUGAGCUCAUAUUCCGGUAGAGACAGUACAGUUGCCACUCCUGUAAUGACUUUUCCCAGUGAAGCGGAAGCGAUGGCAGAUGCUUGGGAGAAGGAGAAGUUGGCCAAAAUCAAGAAGCAGUACAACGAGACGAUGGAGACCAUUGCCGAAUGGGAGGCCGAGAAGAAGGCCAAGGCCAGGCGGCAAAAGGAACUGAAAGAUGAGAGCGACUCGGAGAGGAAGCGCGCGAAGGCGCUGGAGGAGUACAACGAGGAGAUGUCGAGGAUCAACAAGGUAGCUGCAGCUUCGAGGUUGACGGCAGAGGAGAAGAGGAGGAGCGCGGACAGAAAGGUCAGGGACAAGGCACAGACGAUACGGUCCACGGGGAAGCUUCCCCGGACAUGCGUGUGUUUCUGAAACCAUGCGUGUGUGAAAAAGCGUCGGCAUGGAGAUCUACAUUUCUAACGAGUUGUUUGGAUACGAA